GGCAGCGACCACCCAAUGCUCGCUUAUGUUUUCUUAUUCCUUUUUCUGCCAUGCGCUGGGGCGAGCGCGGUUUUUAUUGUUUACAUCUGUCUUUUAUGGUGCGUUAUGAAUUUUCGGACUGGUAAUUCGGGGUUGUCAUCGGUUAAGCAGGCGGCUAAGAAAGGGUUAUCUGUUUCGGAGCUUGAGAAGCUGCCCAACGUAACAGGGAAAGAGCUUGUCUUGGGGACUGAGUGUGCGGUCUGUCUCGAUGAGAUUGAGGCUGAGCAGCCUGCUAGAAUGGUCCCCGGUUGUAAUCACGGGUUUCAUCUGCAAUGCGCUGAUACUUGGCUUUCUAAGCAUUCGGUUUGUCCAGUUUGUAGGGCCAAGCUUGAGCCUCAUCAGCUCUUCGAUGCUUCUGAUGAGAAUCCCUGCUAA